CAAGUCGAACUCAAACUGCUGCCCGCGUGAACAGUCACAAAAGUGUUACCUACACGUGUUUAGCACCAUAUAUCCAUAUAUACGGUUCUCUUAGCAUUAUGUGUACUGACAAAAAUAAUGUUUUUGACAAGGAACCGCCAGUAUGUGGAUUGCCAGAAUACGUGUUAUAUGCGUAUGUAAAUAGAGGUGCCAGUCAUGCCACGUAUAUGAGUUACAAGCCAUUAUCCCACUGUUUAAAGGCCUGUAACGAUAGCACACCAUGUGAAGCAGUGGACUGGGAUGGCAACUGUUACUUCCAUUACCGGUCUACGUCGUGCAGUGGCCUUUACUAUAGAAAUGGUCCGCGUCACUAUCAAAUGAAGCGAUGUACUAGUAAUCCCGCCUACAACUGCCCCUGCUCUACAGGAGGAACGUGUGUGAGAACAUACACCUCACAGACACAGAUAUCUUCAGAGGAGUGUGUGUGUAACCUGGGACGUACCGGUGACCAGUGUAUUGGUUUCGUGGAAUGUUCUGCCCCAACUAUUCCUAACACAGUUCGCUCUCCGGCAACUGAAGUUUACCGAUUCAACAACACUGUUACCUUCACUUGCAACAGUGGGUAUCAAAUCAGCGAUUCCAGUUCCAGCUUCACACUGACAUGUACUCCUAGAGGAGAAUUUGAAGGGGAGAGAAAAACAUGUAUCAGAACCUGUGAAUUCCCCCAUCUGGGCAAUCACCAGAGACAAGUUACACAGCGUCCCGUUACCUUUGAGGGACAAAGUGUCACAUAUACAUGCACUAAUGGCUUCCAAUUCAACGAUACGUCAACAGUAAAGAACCUUACUUGCCGAGCCGAUGGAACAUUUGACCAGAAUUUACCUAGCUGUGUCCCUAUAUCGUGUGGUUUUCCUGGUAAUAAACUGAAUUUGAAUUUUGCAGAAGGACCAUAUGUCUUCAAGCAGAAUGUGACGUUUUCUUGCUUUCCUGGGUAUCAUUUUGCUGGAUAUGACGUCGAAGUGACGUUUACGUCACAAUGCAUCAGAACAGACACUUUGGAACCACCUGUACCUGACUGCAAAAAAAGAACAUGUACUUUGCCUUAUUUAAACAAUACAAUGACAACUUCUGAUAGUACGAAUCUAUUCUUCAUGACUUCAGUUGAAUUCAAAUGCAUGAAAGGAUUUCAGUUCCGAGAUGGUAAUACCAGUGUUACCUUGACGUGUGAUGAAACCGGUGGAUUUGGGAUGGACACUCUUAGUUGUACAGUUUCACCUUCAGGAACGUUGCCUGAAGCUGGUGCCAAGGCAGCACGCUCAGACCCUAACAUUGGUGUCAGUGUUGGUGUGGGCGUUACUGGAGCGAUAGUGCUGAUAUUAUUUGUCAUAAUUGUUGUAUUCAUCAAACUUAGACGAAAACAUUGCCACGCAUCUCAACCGUCCAAGGCCGUUAAUGCUGAUCACAGCGACAUCUCAGAGCUAUACCAAAACAGUUUGAGUCCGCCAGACAGUGUUGAUAGGGAUCAUGAGUAUAUGUCACUGGAGGCCCAAACCAUGUCAACAGUUAGCCACGUGGCUGAGUAUGCUAACGUCAAUGACGGGGAUUAUGCUGUUCUGCGCACUGCAGCAAACGCAGCUAGUAACAGGCACCCAACUCCUGCUAGCGCGGUUAACAGUUCGAGUUCGCCAAGCAGCGCUGAUAGGGAACACGAGUAUAUGUCACUGGAGGCCACAACUAUGGCAACAGAUAACAACGUGGUUGAGUAUGCUAACGUCAAUGACAGCGCAUAUACUGCUCUUUGCAUGUCAGCAAACGAAACUAAUCAACGACAUCCACCAGCUCCUGGAAUAGGCCUAUAUCAGAACGAAGUGUAACUCAUUUAAGCUUAUGUGCCUAAUGGUACUAGACUAGACUGUGUCGUAUAAUACUUCAUUUUUGCAGAAUGUAUGGCAUAACACAGGACAUGUAGAGAAAACAGGUGUUAUGUGCCCAUGUGCCCAAAGUACCUAGUUCUGAUCCAACGUGUACAGGAUAGCCCUGUCCGAAAAUUUGACCCACUUACACCACGCUAACCUUAACCUAUGUGAAUAUAAUGGAAGGCAAAAUCUCUUUAUUUUUUGUAUUUCUUCUUCUACUGACAAUGAAAUUGUGCUCGUGGAACAUAGGAAUCGCAAAUCUUUUUUAAAAUUCUGAUACCCGUAUACCCAGUUGUAAUAUUAUUUGUGGUUCAUUAUUGUGAAAUGUUUCAUUUUAUGAACAGUUCGUGUUUUGCUUUGAGUUUAUAUCAUGCAUAAUAUAUUCUUCGGCUUUAUUGUACUAUACUGUAUGCCAGUAAAAUAUCGCAAUAUUUAAUCUUCACAUCUGAAGUAAUGGCAGUAGUUCACUUAUUAUAGAGAUUUAUAUUGUCAUUCUUGCUGUCUAUUGCACAUACAUUUAUAAUAUAA